AUGGCGGACGCGCCCAUGGAGCGCGAAUUCAUCCCCUAUAGUCCCGUUGGAGACUAUGAGGACGAGGAUGAUGAACUGUCUACAGACACGGAUGAUAUUACCGACGACGACGAAGAGGAUUAUGAUGACGAGCACGCAUACAAGGAAGAGGAACAGAUAGAAGCACAGAAGGCUCAGGAAGAGAUUCUCCAUGAAAAAUUAAAGGAAAUCGAAGUCCAACUAGCAAGCGCUUCGUUGGCGAAAGAUGAGCAGCAGCAACGAGCGUUUCUGGAAUCAUAUGACAGAUACCUGCGUCCUCAGGAUCUGUCGAAAACUGAACGGCGCAAUAUGCUUUACAGAAUGGCGUAUGAAGGCCCGCCGCAAGAGCAUCCAUGGCUUGUGAAACAUCUCGUCAAAUCUUAUCCACAGCUUCUGCAGGAGCUUGACGAGGUGAACCGAAACCCUCUUCUGGUCGCAGUCAUAUACGAAAGGCUCUGGUACAUAAAUGCCGUUCUGGACAGCGGCAUUUCCAAGCAGGAUUUGGAGCCUCUGCUUGGCCCUACUUCCGAAGACGACAGAAUAAAACGAUUGAAUAGCGGCAAUAUCAACAAUUGCAUCCAGGUCGCUAUUUCAAAAGAUUUGCGAGUGCCUGAGACCAAGAAACUUAUUGAUCAGGCUUCCGAGUAUACUCUUGCAUCGCAGGAUGGCAGUGGUCGCACUCCCCUGCAUAUAGCUGUAGAGUACGAGAGAUGUACGCCUGCACGGAAGGACAUCAUCAUGUCACUUAUUAAGCGCGGCGAUAGAGCUUUCGACCAAGUGACAGAGAAACCCGACAAGUUUUCCAUAUACCGACAUCAUCUCGAUACCCGAGAGAAGUAUGAUAAGAAAAAGCAGGAACAGCGACGAUCGGAGAGAUCUGAAGGUGGGCAAGCCCGGAAAGCAGUAACUCAAAAGCCUAGAGUCGACGAUAAGGAACGAAGUAAACGAAAUGCCGAUUCAACGAGUAGUAGAACGCGAUCGUCUCGCGAUGUGGAAGCUUUGGAUAGGGAGAGGGGCCGUCGUGAUGAUCGAGGGCCAACUCGUGAUGAUAGGAGUUCUAUCCGGCCUAUACAACGAACAGGCUCUGCGUUGGACAGAACAUCUGCUUUCCCAAAUAGACAAACGGAAGUAUACUCACAGCAAUCGCUCGAGGCUCGCAAAUACUUCCUCCAGAACAGCGCCGAUGAUCCAUUCAGGGAUUUUCCGCCAGAAAUGAAGCGAGAUUCAGGGAACCAAGAGUCGUCUAGAAGGAUGACGGUUGUGCAACAAGAGCCGAAAAAGGUCGCCGGUGAACCCGAACGCGCCCCGUCGUCGACCACCAAAAAGACGAAGGCUUCUGGCACGAGUCGAACUUCGAAGAAUGUACCCUCUAAGGACGUGGCAAAUCUGGUAGCAAAAGAAUUGAAACUCCACUACUUUCGGACCACUUUCAGGCCAACUGAGCGGAAAGAAAGAAAGACUAGGGCAGCUAUCCAGAGAAACCACGACUCAGCGAUUGAAUUCCUGUAUGGUCAAAACGCUGAAGACAAACAUAUUUGUUUCAACUUUCCACCUUAUCGGUUGAAAGAUGGAGAAAAGGUCAGCUUUGAAGAUUUCGAACACAGUUACAAUGGAUUCGAGUUCGACGAUGUACUCCUGUACGUUGACUUUAGGAAACUUGAGCUCGAGCGCCCGCCAGUAAGGCAAAGAAACAUUAGACCGGAUAGUGACGGUACCGGUCGUAAAGAUGUCCAACCCUUUUUCAACUGGCUGUACAAGAAAGGAGUCAGGAACAUCAUCAAAGUCAGCGUCGAAGACAGAGAAGGUAUACCGCACAGCGACGUUACGAUUGAAGAAUCUCUGAAACAGUUUGAUAUCGAGAUUCUGGAUUGGAGGAAAUGCGAUCUUUGUCCGCAAGCAAUAUACGACGCGUGCCAUAAAAAUUCAAAGAACCUAGGAGAGAUCCAUCUCUGGUGGAGUGGCAACAAUGCUAUACUCCGUGCUUGGAGUGAAUCAGACGGCUUAGUGAGACUUCCGAAGCUGAAGAAUAUUCAUCUCCAUGACUUUAAGGCCGGCCUUGAUUCGACAGCGCGCCGGGAGGCUAACAUAAAAGAGUUCAAAAGAAGGUUGCAAAGAGAACGUGAAAAACUCGAACUAGGGCGCAUAACCGUUACUGAAUAUAAACAAGAUCCGCAAUAUGAUCCCAAAGGCAAAGGAAGAAUAUCGAAACAAGGCAAGGGCAGAGAUCCUGGUAGUCUCAUGGAUACCCACCAAUGGCUCUCCGUCAUGGAUAAUUUUGCAGAUGGCCUAGUGAGGUGGAACCCGCUGAAAGACCUUCCGGCCGAUUUAACAAAGAUUUCGAAUCUUCCUGAAGACCUCCUAAAAGAUGUUACCGUUGCUCUAAUCGAUGACGGCGUGAGUUUCAUGCAUCGAGCUCUUGCUGACAAGCUGGCGAAAGGUAAGAGUUUUGAUAGCGGUUAUGGGGAUCAGGAUGUGCUGGGAGCACCUGAACCCUUUUAUGGCUCAACAACUGGACAUGGUACUUGCAUGGCAUACAUGAUCCAACGUGUGUGUCCAAAUGUAAAAAUCUAUGUGUGCAAGUUGGAUACCAUUAGGAAAGAACCUGGCGUUCCAGCUAAUUUCACGGCCAAAAGUGCCGCAGAUGCGGUCGAGUUCGCUGUGGAUCGUGGAUUCGAUAUUAUAUCAAUGUCGUGGACGAUCCAAAGAAGUGAUGACGAAGAGAAAGCUGCCGAAAGCAACGCGCACCUCAAGCGCCUUCAGAGCGCUCUGGAAAGGGCGCAGAAGAACAAUACAAUGCUCUUCUGCUCUGCCCCGGAUGUUGGCGCAUCAAGUCGACAGUCAAUGACUUCAUUCUACCCAUUCGGCCGUCCAAUUCCCCAUAUGUUCAAGAUCGGAGCUGCGAAAGCGGACGGCAGUAUGUAUGGAUGGGCCGGCAAUUCAGACCAGGUUGACUUUAUCCUUCCUGGUCACAACGUCAUGCUACGUGAGGGAGAUAAGAUAUCAGAAGAGGAUGAUAUUCCGAAGACGGGAUCGUCCGUGGCAACAGCUUUGGCUGCUGGUCUUGCGGCACUUAUUAUACAAUGUGUCAGACUAGGAGCGCUGCACAACCACGUGAAGAGUCAAGGGGCAGUAACAACUACGGCACCUAACGUCGAGUCUCUCCGUGCCAUCAAACAAUUCGAUGCAAUGAAGGAAGCUUUCAAGAAAGUCAGCACAGGCUACACCGAAAGCGAUAAACGGCUUGAAGUAGAGAAGGUCUUCAAGCAGCCUGGUACAGAACUCAACAGCCUCAAUAACGACAAUACGGAUGAUGAGAGACGGUGGAAUCUAAUAGUCCAGCUCGCUCGAGAUCUUGUAUCUUGGAAUACCCAAAUCGCCAUUCGCCAGGCCUAA